CUCUCUCUCUCUCUCUCUCUCUCUCCUAAUUUGCAUUUUUGCUUGUUUCUGAGAGGGACGGUAUCCGCCUGCUUCGCCUGAAUUAACCAGAGGCUCCACUCCUCUCUAGCUCCAGUCAGUCCUGAUUCCAAAACCCUAAUUCUCAAGAAUUCCAGUCUAUACCUGACGUUUUGUUACUGAGAAUCCAGUUCCUGUUUGUGAAAACCCCAGUUUGUGGGUGUCAGUCUGCGAGUAAAACCCUGGUUUGACGAACCAGAGCUUCUACAUCAACUUCAUGGCUGACUCACGAACUAAUCUUUAUGAUGCAGCAUUUCCUUUGAAAUAUUUCCCGGAACAUACAUGACUGGUAUGCAAAUUGGUGAAAGAUUAAUGCGCAGUCAUUUCACCAAUGCAUUUUUAGUUACCCUAAAUUCAUAGAAGAUUUCAUCAGGGCAAUGAUGGUGUGCUCUCUGGUUCAUUGUUCUGCAUUGUUGCCUAGUUGCACAUUGUUACCCAAUUAUUCAUUGUUGCCCAAGCAAUUAUGGAAUUUGAGCCAGAAACACCGCCAUAAAAGGUUAGUUUCCCAUCAAGUUUUAUGUUUGGCAAUAUCAUCGGAGACUGAUGAGAAGAUAACGAAAAACGUGGUUAAAUUGCUUCAACUAUCUGCAACUUUAACAGUGGUCUCCUAUUCUGCACAUCAACCCCAUGGACUGGCAAAAGUUGUAGAGAAAGAGAAAAAGAAAUCAAAAACUUCAAAAAAAGUUGGCACGUUAUCACCUGAAGAACUCAAAGCAUGGUCUAAGGGCCUUCCCAGUGUGACAGAAAGGAUUCCUUACACAGAGAUUCUCUCUCUAAAGAAAGAAAACAAACUUAAACACAUAAUAAAGCUCCCAACUGUAGCUCUAAAGCGAAGGCCCGGACCUAUUUUAGUGGUAUUGAAUGAUGGUAGGGUUUUAAGAACAGUCAUUCCUACUGUAGAGAGAGAUGGAAGGUUUUGGGAUACAUGGGAUGAAUUGCACAUGAAUUCGAUGUGCAUAAAUGCAUACACCCCACCGCUGCAAAAGCCUGAAAUCCCAAAACCAUUUUUGGGUUUCUUACAAAAGGUACCUCGUUGGCUUUUCUCUAUCUUUCAGGCCAAACCCAAAUCAAAGCGAGUAUUGGAGCUUGAAAUGGCCCAAAAGGAGUUGCAGAGGAGGCGAAAAGAGGAGCUUGCCAGGGUUAGGAUAGAUACGGAAGGGAUGGAAAAAGCUCUUAAAGCACAGAAGAAGCUUGAGCAGAGGGAAAAAAAGAGAGAACUGAGGAGAAUCAAACACGAGCAGUCUCUUAAGCAAGCAAGGCGUAGUUCUCAGCAAAUGGAUGCUUUUUGGAUCAACCUUGCUCACAAUUCAGGUGUAACUACUGUAAUUGGGAUAUUCUUUUUCUAUAUAUUUUAUCAAGUGGUGGUUGUUAAUUAUCGAAAGCAUCAGAAAGAUUAUGAGGACAGGAUCAAGAUACAACAGGCAGAGGCAGAAGAGAGGAAGAAGAUGCGGGCUUUAGAAAGGGAAUUGGAAAGCAUCGAUGUUGAUGAUGAUGAUGAGAAUGAAGGGGAGGGUGAGAAAAACCCGUAUCUCAAAAUGGCGAUGAAGUUCAUGAAAUCGGGCGCAAAGGUUAGGCGUGCCCGUAGUACGAGGCUACCCCAGUACUUAGAGAGGGGUGCUGAUGUUAAGUUUUCAGAUGUUGCUGGUCUUGGUAAGAUACGACUCGAGCUUGAAGAGAUUGUGAAAUUUUUUACACAUGGUGAAAUUUAUCGCAGAAGAGGAGUGAGGAUACCAGGUGGGAUACUUCUUUCUGGACCACCUGGAGUAGGAAAGACACUAUUAGCAAAAGCUGUAGCUGGUGAGGCAGGUGUGAACUUUUUCUCAAUAUCUGCUUCUCAGUUUGUUGAGAUCUAUGUUGGUGUUGGUGCUUCACGUGUGCGAGCACUUUAUCAAGAAGCAAGAGAGAAUGCACCUUCUGUUGUCUUCAUCGAUGAGCUGGAUGCAGUUGGGAGAGAGCGUGGGCUUAUUAAGGGUUCUGGUGGACAGGAACGAGAUGCUACUCUCAAUCAGCUCCUUGUAUGUUUGGAUGGAUUUGAAGGAAGAGGCAAUGUGAUCACUAUCGCUGCCACAAAUAGACCAGAUAUUCUUGACCCGGCUCUUGUUAGACCUGGACGUUUUGAUCGGAAAAUUUAUAUACCUAAACCUAGCGUGACAGGCCGAGUUGAGAUUUUGAAGGUACAUGCUCAGAAGAAACCAAUGGCUGAUGAUGUAGACUACAUGGCUGUUGCUACUAUGACUGAGGGAAUGGUUGGGGCUCAGCUGGCCAAUAUUGUUGAAAUUUCAGCCAUCAAUAUGUUGCGUGAUGGAAGAAGUGAGAUUACAACGGAUGACUUACUGCAGGCUGCACAGAUUGAAGAGAGAGGAAUGCUUGAUAAGAAGGAGAGGAGCCCAGAAAUGUGGAAGCAACUUGCUCUCAAUGAAGCUGCCAUGGCUGUUGUAGCUGUGAAUUUUCCCGACAUGAAGAACAUUGAAUUUGUCACCAUUUCUCCCAGAGCAGGCAGAGAACUAGGUUAUGUUCGAGUUAAAAUGGAUCAUGUGAAAUUUAAAGAAGGGAUGCUCAGUCGUCAGUCUCUCCUGGACCAUAUUACACUGCAGUUAGCCCCACGUGCAGCAGAUGAACUUUGGUUCGGUGAGGAUCAGUUGAGCACAAUUUGGGCUGAGACAGCUGAUAACGCAAGGUCAGCUGCACGAAGCUUUGUUCUUGGUGGUCUAUCCGAGAAAUAUCAUGGCAUAUGUGACUUUUGGGCAGCAGAUCGUCUCAAUGAAAUAGAUGAAGAGGCAAUGCGGGUUCUUGACAUGUGUUAUCAGCGAGCAAAAGAGAUUUUGCAGAAAAAUUGGGGGCUCGUGGAUAUCGUGGUUGAUGAAUUAGUCCGAAAGAAAAGCUUGAGUAAGCAAGAGUUCCUUCGUUUGGUUGAAGCCAACAGAAGCAGAGCCAUAGAGCCUUCAAAGUCUCAGAUAAUCGAAAUAAGAAAUGCCAAACUCGCAGAAUUCCGAGAAAUGAUGAUGGUCAAAACAGAAGCAGCUAGUACUGCUGUAUAAGGGAACAUGUAAAGCAGUCCGGUAAGGGUUUCUUUGCUGGUACUUUUGUUCGAUAUCUGAUACACUCGAGUUCGGGCCAUCCAUCUUGUGCCACUGUGAGCUUUAGCUAUUCACCCAUGGGAUGCUGAUUAGAGCUUUGAUCAGGCGAAAUUUUGUUCCUAACUGGUGCUGGGAGUUCUAUUCUUUACAGCGGAAAAAUAUCCUGUGAGCUUGGAUAUUUGAAUUGUUCCAAAAGAAUGUUAAAAUUUUUUCUCCAACUUGUAUUUUAAUCUGUGCAAGUGAGAGUGGAGUUUUCUAUCUGUAGCAUUGAACAGUAAAUAAAAUACAAUGAGGGACUGCUACCAAAAGGUGAUACCUUUCCAAGCUGCUUUCUCGCAAAUAAAAUCUUAAUCUUAUGCAUUUAUUAAAA